GAUUGGCGUGCAUAAGCGAUACCUCAGGCAUGGAGAUUGCGGGCCAGGUCUCUACUACGAAUUGCGAAAAACAAAAUUUUGUCAGAGGUGAUCAGCGCCGUGCAGACACGAAGAUUUCAUUUCGUAGGCGAAGAGUUGGUCAUGACAGCAUCCAAGUUGAUCAGACACAAAGUCCUGGACAGUGGAUGGAUGUGGUAGCGGCAAGUACGUGCGCGAUCCACAGUGCUGUGGGAAGGCCAUCACACACACAGACACACACCCCACAGUAGCCCCCUCACUGUGCUUUUUUUGGGGGAGGCCAUCACACACACAGGCACACACCCCACAGUAGCCCCCUUACUGUGUUUUUUUUUUUCUGAGUUAUUGCAGACUGUUGACAAAGAGGGGGGGGGGAGGGAGGGGGGGGGAGGCGUGAAGAUGAAUUUCAUGGACUAUCUUGCCUCCCUGCCAGCUAAUCAGUUGGAUGGGCUGUAUGAGAGUCACUGGACGUGCCAAGCGGUCCUGAGGUCUCUCCCCCCUUUAGGAAAACUGUAUGUCCUUCGGCUGCUGUACAUCGACCAACCCAUUUCCGGAAAAGUUGUGUCGGAUUGGGCGAAGCCGGACGCUUUGAGCAAGCAUGCCGUCGCGGUCGAAAGAUUGCAGAAAAUGCGAGUCCUUCUUGAAACGCGCGAAAAGGCCGGCAAAAAGGAGGUGGUGUCGUGUCAGUUGAAUGCUGUGUUCCAGAGGAAUCUGCGUCACGCGCUGAGCGUCGGGGCUUGUCCGUCGAGAGAGCCUGCGUCGGUGAAAGCCGGCGCGCGCAUGCUCGCAGCCUCGGAACUCGACGAGUAUGCGGACAGACAGUGGGACACGGUCCUUCUGGAGCUGGUAGGUUCUGGCGGAAGCUCGUAUCCGAUCGUGACGGAGACGUUCCAGCGCGCGGGUCUGAUUUCGUCCAAGGAAAGCGGAGGCCAGAUAACAGAGCUGGGAUUCCAGUUUCUGCUGGCGGACAAGAGCACGCAGCUGUGGACGGUUCUUCGCGAGUAUGUCGCGGCAGCCGAGGACCGGGGAAUGGAUACGCCGAAUCUGAUCCGUUUCCUCUUGGAGCUAGGAUUUCUCGAUGUCGGCCGACCUUAUGGCACCGCCGAUUUGACGUCCAUGGAGUCCAAGAUGGUGGAGGAGCUCGCCCUCCUCGGCCUGGUGAAGCUUCAGAAGGGAACGAGGGAGAGUUGGUUUAUCACGACGCGGUCGGCAUCGAGUUUAUGUGCCGGCCUGUCGGCAGAGUCCAACUCCUUCCACACAAUAGAAGGGUUCAUUUUAGUGGAGACCAACUUCAGGGUGUACGCGUACACGUCGUCAAAGAUGCACGUGGAAAUCCUCAAGCUGUUUGUGAAGGUCGAGUACCAGCUGCCCAAUCUUGUUGUGGGCGGGAUUUCGAGGGAGAGCGUCAACCACGCGUUCGCAUGCGGGAUCACCGCCGACCAGAUCGUGUCGUAUAUGCAGAAGCAUGCACACCCGAAGAUCGUGCACCGCAUUCCGGUGCUUCCGGAGACGAUUGCUGACCAGGUACGGCUGUGGGAACAAGACCGUAAUCGUGUGAAAGCGACAUCCGCGGUCUGCUACGAGAACCUACCAACCAAGGACCUGUACGACGCGGUGGUUCGGCAUGUGCGGAGCCUUCGCGGGCUGUUAUGGGAGCAGCCCGGGCAGCGGCGACUCGUUGUCCGGGCCGAGCUUCAUGAGGAGGUGAGGAAUUUCAUGCGCAAGUACGCUAGUAGUAGAGGUCAGUAGUUCGUUCCUUCUUCUCCUCAAAUUGUAUGCUGCACCCAUUCUACCACUCUCAAGGCUGCAAUACUGCAAGGUGAGUAGAGGAGAUGGGUUUGCAAUUUUUUUUUGCACGUUUUAAUUACGAAAAAACUUCUUCUGAGUGUCCUCCAAGAGACGCAAUUCGGCAUGCUGAGUGAAGAUGUGUGGUGAGUCAUUUAGGAACGAACCAUGCGUUGUCACUUGAAUCCCUCUCCUGUAUGCGCGUGUGUUUGCACACAAGAGAGAGAGAGAGAGAGAGAGAGAGAGAGAGAGAGAGAGAGAGAGAGAGAGAGAGGCUGGCAGACAGACAGGCAGACAGACAGACAGAGGUAGACAGGAAGACAGACAGGUAGACAGACAGACAGCAGGAGACAGAGGUAGAUAGAUAGAUCGAUCGAUAGAUAGCUAGACAGAGAUAGGCAGGGAAGAUGGGAGAGUAUCUUGGAAUUCUGUUUCAAAAAUUGGGUGUUUCCGAGCAUCCAAUUUGAUGAG